GGUGUCUUUUGUUUUCAUAUCAACCAAUAACACAACAGCUAGAGAGUUGGUGUUGUCGCCAAUUUGUUUAUCGUUUGGUUUGGUUACUAAUUUGUGAACAACAGUUGAUGAACACAUGACCGACAGACAAAUUGCCGUUUCUAUACCGGCUCAACGUGUUCUGCUCCUCAGGAGUAAUGACAGUUCAUUGAUAUCUUGCCCUUGCCGCCACUUUCCUCUGAAAUCGUGAAAAGCUUCCCAGUCCCUCCAAUGGCGGAGACUCCAACAUACCUCCCUGUCAAGCAUGUUGUGAUAUUAUCCUCUUGCUUCACUCUCAUCUCCACCUAAAGUAAUUGCCCUGGCUUUAGUCCGUCAGUCUACUCAAGUUCCAGUGAAGGCUGUGUGAGGCUUCCAGUAUGCGGGGGAAAAGAAAGGGACGCGGUGGUUGGAAAGGCCCACCAGCUGCAGGUGACCUACCCAGCGAUUCACCCAAACGCAAAGAUUCAAGAAUUGAAUUUCAGGGCCUUCUUUCUCAUGCUAGCCCUCCAAUCACCAACUUUUUCCAUCCUCAGUCAAAAAGCUUGACCACAUGUGAAAAACAUGAGAUCUCCGAGGAGCCAGAAGUCUUAGAUAAACAUACUUCUGAAAAUGUAAAUCAAACUGCAUUGGUUUCCAAUGGAGACCCUGUACAGAUUAUUAAUGCUGUGGUUUCUGAUGAGAAAUCUGCGCAAGUUUCUGAUACAGCAAAUCGUGUUGAGAAUGGGUUGGAACAAAGUUUGAGAUCACCAUCCCCUGCAACACCUCAUAAAAUCGUAUUUGAUGACGCUCAACCUCCACUUUUGUCACCAUCAAGUGCUCUGUCUCAGCUGUCUAUUGCUAACGGGGCUCUUAAGAAAGCUACUAAAUCCCGCAGGAAACUGAAUCCUAAUCAGACAGCUAACCAACUAGCCCCACCAUCAGCAGCGGGAGCCAAACUGACCUGUUGUACCAAAGUCAAAGCUUCCACUGUUAUUGACACAGGCAAAGCCAGUUCUGCAACAGCAACUACCAUUACCAAUGGAUCUCAACAUAAACUGACAGACUUCUUUCCUGUAAGACGCAGCGUUCGCAAAACAAAAAAGACUGUCUUGGAAGAGAGACAGAAAACUUUAGAAGAAGCAGUUCUUAUGUGCAAAGAGGAAGGCUUGCAGAUUCACAACUUUGAAGGGAAAGGCCGUGGCAUAGUUGCUGUGAGGCCUUUUGUUAAAGGAGAAUUUGUUGUGGAGUAUGCUGGUGAGCUCAUUAAAAUGGAUGAGGCUAAAGAAAGGGAAAAACUUUAUGCACAGGAUCAAAACACUGGUUGUUACAUGUACUACUUUAAACAUAAGAAUCUGCAGCUGUGUGUGGAUGCCACUCCAGAGUCGAAUCGAUUGGGGCGGUUAGUGAACCACUCUCGCAAUGGAAACCUCUUGACCAAAACCAUCACAUUAGAUGACACACCACGGUUAGUUCUCAUAGCUAAAGAGGAUAUCCAACCAGGAGACGAGGUGACUUAUGAUUAUGGUGACAGAAGCAAAGAGUCUUUAAAGUACCAUCCAUGGCUGGCUUCAUGAUUUGCUUUAGAUACAAGAGGGUUGAAAUUAGAUAAAAUGUUUUCCGUGUUAUAAGUGCUUGCAUAGGGCACCUUCUUUGUUUUGUCAAGAAACCAAAGCAUUCCCAACAUGUAAAUAAACUAUAUGUCCUUCUGAACUGUGAGAAAGCUGAUAUAUCUGUGUGUACCUAAAUUGUACUGAAAGAAUGUGGAUGUGGUGCACAAAUGAUGUACUGUACAAUGAUAUUUUUAAUCUCUAAAUAACUUCUCUAUCUAUAUUUUACUUUGCUGAGUACGUAAGAGCACAUUUGUUGCUGUGUAAUAUUUUGUAAUAUCCAUUUUUAUAUGAACUCAUUUGGUCUUUCCCCUGGGGUGUAGAUCCCUGCUGUCAGAAAUGAUAGAAUUUCUUGAAUUUCAUGUGACUUAAUUAUGAACAUGAAAACAUGUAUAACAUCUGGAAAUGCACCUAGGUGGAAUAAUUUAUUACUUGUACUGCAUGCAAACUUCACAUUGAAGUAAGUGACCUAUUUUGACUGCAUAAUAUUACCCACCUUAGUGAUGCAUUGAUAUUUAUCAUUUCAAUUAAAUGGAACUCUUAACUUAACUUCUUUAUGGAAAUGAAUUAAUUGCCGUUACAUAGGUAAUAGUUUCACAUCUCCAAGGAAGACUUUUCUAGAGUACUCAAAUAGUACUUGUAUUUAUGGCCCAAAAUACUUAGAUAUUAUCUCUCAUUUCUGUGUUUAUGUCCAUUUUUAUUUUGUCGACAGCAACUAAUUGUUUUGUUUUUCUGGGCAAAGAUUGUUUCAGUUGAUCCCUUAUGUGAUGUGGUAAAUUGUUAUUUUAUUGUUUGAAGUUCCUAGCUUAAUCCUGAUUUUUAUGGAUAGACCUUAGUUCAAUUUUACCUAAUUUGUGAGGUCCAGUUGGUUAAAAUCCUUAAGUAAAUGCCACCUUUAUGUACAACAAUAGAGGGCCUAAUGAAUGCCUCGACAAGCAAUAACAAACUUGAUGAAGUUAGUUUAGACUGCAAUUAAGUGCAAAAACAGUGGAUUGAUGCUUUUGUUUUGCUUGAUUUAACAAUCUCAGUAUUAGCUUCAGAAAGAGAAAUCUUUGUUUAUGUCUGGAGCAUUUUUAAAACCAAGUUUUGUUGUUUUCCUUUAAAAUGAUGAAACUUAUGUGACAAAUUUGUACGUAGGGAACUUAUUAUGUGCCUUCUGGAAUAAAAACAAGGGUAAAUUGUAGGAGUGUACAUUUUACAAUUUUUUUGCAAAAACUUACGAACAGAAGUUUUUUUCUUUGUUUCGAAACUUAUUGGUUCGUCAGUAAAUUUUUAAAUCCGUGUAGAUCCCUAGCUUUUUAUUUUCAUCUAAACCUGGUAAUCUGAGUGGGCCAAAUAAAAACUUGUAUUGCUACUAAGAAACCUGUUGAAUAUUCCUACAUUCAAAGUGUAUGUUUGUUUCAUUGGUAGAUUCUUUUGUGUUGCUACGAGUCCAGAGAGCUAUGUAUUUGUUGAAAGAGAAAUGUGUUCUGUGGUAACUAACAAAUUUCUAACCCUCAUAUGAAAGCAAACUGGCCACAGAGGUGAACCUCAAUGUCUUAUCAAAUGUGCCUUCACUGCUAUCAAAUCAUCACUUGUACAUAUUGUGUGCACAUGGGCUUGUGUUGCCCACAAACAAUUAAUAUGUAUUUUCACAUGUUUUCAAUACAAUCAUUACUUCUUAAUGUAGCAUUGUUAAUGUCUUUUAAGCCUGUUACUUUGUGCACUGUGAAAUAUUUUUUGUUUAAUGUGACUUUUUAACUUUAUAUUGUGCCAUUCAAAAGCAAAACUUGUCAGCUGUAUUAUCCUAUUUUGCUGCAGUACAAAAGCAUGUACUCUUCUUGUGUUUUUAUAUCAACAUGAAGGCCAGUACUCAUUGUAAAUGAUGACAUCAGUUGAAAUUCAAAGUCUGAGGAAACUUCUUUUGUAGUAUUUCCCUAAGGAUUGAAUUCACUUUUUAAAAAAUUUCAGAAAUGUCUUUGCAUGAAUAAAGGACCGCAAUCCUUGUAGAUCAGUGGGCUAUAUACUUGUUAAACUAAAACAUUCUAUCCCUCUCCAAACUUAGGGUACUAGGCUAUCAGCAAGCCUGUUUUGUGCUGUAAAUACUUCUGAAUCUCAACUACAGAUGGCAUACUACCAUUGUGUCGAUGGUAAUCUGUAGCAGUGAAAUUCUCUGGUUUAAAAUCAGUCUUUCUUCACUAUAAGAAAAACUGUUCUAAACAAGCUAAUCUUAAUUUUAACACACUUUAGGUUAAUCCAGAGCUAAUCAGUUGCACUGCCAUUUAUUUGUUCAAGGCUAGCUACCAAGACUGGUUCUUGAGCAUCGUUAUUUAAAGCAAUGAAUAUCAUCUAUAAUGUUUUUUGUAGCUACCAAAGAAGGCUGAUGUUUGUUUCUAAUUCAUUAUUCUGUUUGUAGGAAUGUGUUGAUUAUGAAGGCACCAAAUAUACUAAUUAACCUUAGUGGUAACUUAUA